AUGGCACUCGCAAACGGCGCGUCAAAAGUCAUGCAGAAUCGCUCAAGGCCUGCAGUUGCAAUCCCAAGAGGCAUCGCUCCUGCUCUGCCUCUCUCCUAUGGUAAGCUACAACAAAAGAAACUAGCUAGCCGGGAAAAGACGAAGGAAAUCGUUGCCCCAUCCUCGACGGCUCCAGCAGUUCAAGUGUCCAUCACUUCGGAUUUUACCACAAAUAUAAUUCCUACCCAUGCCGAUGAGCCUGUUGCUGAAGAAAAACUUUUCGAAGUAAUCAAAGAGUCCCCCAAACGCAUCCCCGCAGCAGUUGUCGAUGCCUCAUCUACGUCGGAAUCAUUGGAUGGAUUUACUUCUACGAAGGGCGAAACUACAAUUGGUUCUGCUACUACUGAACGUGGUUCUGCUGAGCGCGAAGACGAGGAAAAGUUUGCCAACGUGAUUGAGGUCAAAGCAGUCGAAGAGGAACAGCACUCUGCCCCAUCCGAAACUCAAUCGACCACAUCGAGAUCAACAUAUCAAUUGCCUCCACCAUUUGUCCCUGCUAGCAAUCAAUCCACCAUGUCCUCCGACUCUGCUCAAUUCCCACAGCAGGUUGCGUUCAAUGGUCAACAUCCAAUGCACCAUGCGCACCCCAGCAGUUCAAACCCGGUAUUUGGAGGAUACCCCGAUUCUAAUAAUUCAUCACCAGCUCCACCUUCGAGCACUGGCAAUAUUCCACCUUAUGCUUACGCGCAACAAAGUGGUUUGCGUCACGGUCCCCCUCCAACGAACGGCGGCCAUCAACACCACAUGUCAAACGGAUUCUCACCAAUGACCCCGGUAUUUCCUCCAGGAUAUUAUCACCACCAAGACGGCUUUCAGGCCGCUCCAGGUGAUGAUUUUCUUCGCAGACAAAUACCACCAUUUGGCCCGUCCGAAGGUUACUCGCCGACUGGCCCUCAAAUCGCCGAGAGCCCUCGAUUUAAUGGCUUUGAUCCAGCUACUGCGCACAACAUUCACGGGUCUCGACCAUCGGCACAGAUUGAUCAAGAGAAUGGUCUAGGUCCUCAUUACGGCCAUCAUCCAUCUCCAAUACCACCCAUGGGACCACCACCUUAUCGUGGAGUUCUCGGUUACCCACGUAAAGAAGAGAUUCCUUGGGCAGGCGGCAAUCGUCGAGAUCUUUGGUUUCACCUUCGUGAACAGUUUGCACAACCAGAAUUCUCCGACUGUGUUCUUGAGCUACGCUACUCUGAUGACCGCGCUGCUCCUCUUCGAAUCAGUGGUCACAGAUUGAUCUUUGCUCGCUGUUUCGUAUUGAAAAGUCUCAUCACAUCUGGAGUACGAACAAACGCUGAUUCACCCCUACCUAUUCAGAAUAUCUUGAUCGAGUCGGACGAUCGUUACUUGCGUUCUGAUGCCUUCUCGUUGGCGGUUCGAUAUCUUUAUGGCGGACCUAUAUUGGACUUAGAUGCAAUGGCUCGCUUCCCAGCUCCGUACAUUGGAUCAGCUCCCGUGCCAUCAACACCAGCUGACCGUUUCGACUUCACGCUUGGCUACAUAGCAGCAGGGGUUAUUCUUCAGAUUCCUCAAGUUUGGAAGACUGGCUGCGCUAUUGCGAGUCAACUAAUCACUUGGGAUACCGCUGAGAAAGCUCUUGAGUUCGCUCUUGAAGGGGGUAUUGAUUGGUCAUGGAGCUCAGGCGCCCCAGAUGUCAACGAUGUAGUCGGCCGAAGCAUUUAUACGCCAUGUGCUAAUAUGCUCAUCUACAACAUAAUCAACUUGAUCAUACUCUCCUUCCCUCCCAAUUUCGAACUGGAUACAACUGUCUCGGACAUUCAUUUUAAUGCUAGGAUCCCGUAUGUACCAGAUCAACGACCAAAUCCCACACCCUCACGCUUGAGCUCCAUCAAAUUUGGCGAUCACCCUACUGAAGAGAGUCUUCGCUCCCCUUCUUCAGAUCAUAUCACUGUUACUUUGUCAAGACUACUACUCAACUUGCCAUUCGGCCCUUUGAAGCAUGUAUUGGAGACUGGAAAUGGUGGUGUCAUUCAUGGCCACACAACUCAUUUACUUCGACGAAAGGUCAUGUAUACUGUCAUCGAGGAGCGUGAGAAGAGAAGACAAAAAGCAUUCAUUAGUAAAGUAUCAGACGAGGAGCGAAUUAAGAAUGGACGUCAGUGGAAUGCAGUUGGCUGGAAAGAGGUUGUUCUCCCGUUUGAUGAUCAUCGCAAUGAAGAUGUCCCAUGCUUGAGGAAGACUUGGGUGGGUUUCACACAUACUGAAAGCAAGUAG